AUGGUUUAUUAAAGGCAGCCACGGUCCACCAUCUGUUCAUUGAUGCCUUUGCACUAUUUGAAGUAGCAUAGCACCACAAUGUUCAAAAUAAUUGUUCUCGCUGCAUGUUUGGCUAUCGUAAUUGUUGCCGCCGAUGAGUAUCACACCCACCCAAGGUACAAGUUCGAGUAUGGAGUCAAAGACGGCCAUUCUCACGACCAUAAGAACCAAUGGGAAUAUCGCAAUGGUGAUGUCGUCAAGGGGCAGUACACACUGGAUGAGGCUGAUGGAACCCACCGUAUCGUUGAGUACAGUUCGGACCACGAGACAGGAUUCCGGGCUCAUGUUCAGCGCAACGGAAAUGCUCACCAUCCUCAUGGAGAAAGCUACACCAAUGUUGAUCAGGAACAUUAGUUUUUGAGAUUACAAUAAAUGCC